AUGCCCACCGAAUUCAUCAGCCUCACUUUCCCCAACCCCUCCACCGAGCUCUCCCCGAUCCCCAACGCCGGCGUGGAUCCGGACUUCCUCGUCCGCUACGCCCGCACCCUCGACGACUACGCCUUCAACUACACCCUGGUCCCCUACGACUCGUCCUCCUUCGACCCCUUCACCAUCGGCGCCACCAUCGCCGCCGCCACCAAGCACCUCAAGAUCAUCAUCGCCCUGCGCCCCAACACCCUCCCGCCCACCGUCGCCGCCAAAGCCCUGGCCACCCUCGACCAGCUCAGCCGCGGCCGCGUCGUCGUCCACCUCAUCGCCGGCGGCAGCGACGCCGAGCAAGCCAAGGAGGGCGACUUCGUCCCCAAGGCCGCCCGCUACGCCCGCCUGGAGGAGUACAUCCGCAUCCUGCGCCGCGCCUGGGCCUCCCCCGACCCCUUCGACUGGGACGGCCCGCACUACCGCCUCGUCCAGUUCAGCAGCCGCGUGCGCCCCGUCCACGGCACCAUCCCCGUCUCUGUCGGCGGCUCCUCCGACGAGGCCUACGCCGUCGGCGGCGCCCUCGCCGACAUCUUCGGGCUCUGGGGCGAGCCGCUGGCCGAAACGAAGGAGCAGAUCGACCGUGUCUAUGCCGCCGCCGAGCGUGCGGGACGCGCCCCCGCCGACCGUCCCCGCAUCUGGGUGACGUUCCGGCCGAUCCUGGCGGAAACCGACGAGCUGGCCUGGGCGAAGGCGCACCGCACCCUGGACGCGCUGACGGCGAACCGCGCCGGUGUGAAUGGCGCGGGUAAGGAGCAACCGCCGCCGCCGCAGAAUGUCGGCUCGCAGCGGCUGCUGGAGAUUGCGAAGCGCGGCGAGGUCCACGACCGCGCGCUGUGGUACCCGACGGUGACGGCGACGAAUGCGCGCGGCGCGUCGACGGCGCUGGUCGGCUCGCCGCAGACGAUUGCGGAGAGUAUUUUGGAUUAUGUGCAGCUCGGGGCGGAGUUGAUUUCCAUCCGUGGGUAUGACAAUCUCAAUGAUGCGAUUGAUUAUGGGCGGUUUGUGUUGCCUAGAGUGCGGGAGGCGCUGGAGCGGAAGGAGAGGGGGUAG